AUGUCUUCGGGGACUCCGCCAACCCCUUCUAAUGGCGGCCCAGCCGUACCUUUAGUCCCUACCAACACUGUAACAACUGCCUCUGGGCUGACUGUACGCACGCGUAUCGAUCCAGUCCUCACAGUUGAUGACGUUGUGCGACAACUUUGCGUCAACCUUAAACUCAAAGACCAGCCUUCCAACUUUGCCCUCCGAGAUGAGACCGACGAGUUGGUCACGAACGACAACCUGAGAAGAAAGAUUAGGGCCAAGGUCAAUCUCAAACUGGUUAAUGCACCUUCACGAGAGGCCAUGGAGACUGCAGAGAAACUCCGCCUCCGCGACGACACGAAUGCUCUCAAGAUGACACUUUUUACGCUCCAGAAGUACAUUCGGGCAAGUCGCUUGCUCGAGCCGGAGGAGCAAUUUGCGCAGUCGUUUAUAAACUGCUCUGGUCUUUCCGAUCUCAUUGACGUUAUAUUUGGUGCUCAUGGAAAUACCCUUGCUUACGCGUUAACGGCAAUGCAAAACUUGAUGGAGUUGGACUAUGGCUGGUCUUCCCUAGACGACGCUUUCAUCUUCCAAGUGGUCCAAAUUCUUUCGUCCCCCCAGUCGCUCAUCAAUGUAUGUCGGCCAGCAACUGCCAUACUCAAGAAAUUAGUUGAGGCGGAUCCCAUGACCGCUCCUGGGCUUCAGAUUGCUGGUUCGAGUCGUGGGACUUCUGUUCUCCCGCCUGGCUCUGUUUAUCGCUAUGGGUUCUCUGUCGUAUUCGAACAAAUGCGGAAAGGUCGAGGCUUUUUGGAAACAGUGAUUAGUCGACUAGGCAGUGCCGAUACCGCCAUGGCACAAUAUAGCAUGAUGUUGAUAAAUUCACUUCUUUCUCAUGCAAGUGACACCCGGUGGGAGGAGUUUAUAGCAGAACUUGAGCGACUCAAUGUCCGGAAAGCCGUCGUGCGUUUGAUGUCGUCUCAUACCAUCGAGGACCUGACGUCAUGCAUCCUGGACUUCCAAGCCAACUUUAUUCGUGUUAUACAUAGAAAGAAGACCACCCCUGUCGAUCUCGAAGCAGAGCCUUCUCAUGUUGUUGCACUGAAGGGUAUCUGGACCAGUAGCCAGCUUUCAGAGCAGACCGACGAGAAUGGUCAGCUACUCAAGUGGAGGUUAUUAGGCUUGGGCUCCGAAAACAUUGAGGAGGAGUUCAGCGACGUUGGCAUGCUGGGUUUGGAGUGCUUGCGGAAAUUCAUCGAAGGAGAUCCAGACUUCCCCAAGAUCAUCCAAGAGCAACUGAGUAGGCCACUUGCGCGGCGGUGUCCGGUAGCCAGAGCAUCGAACGAGGUCGUGGAAAUCCUUUCGGAGCACUGGGCCAUUUUCGCCCCUGGAUACUCGACAUCAACAACUUUCCAGCCAUUCUUCCUUGAUUUCUACAGGGUCCACUCCCUCGCGACCCAUUUCUUCGUUCGAAUGUGGAGCGAAAGCGGGGCCUCCACUGAUGACUUCGCGAGAGUGGCCGCUCUCGUUCGUAGCCAAACGAAAGUCUCGCUACGAAUGGAGAAUGUUCGACCUUGGCAUGAAGUUGAACACGAUUUCAAUGCGUGCGAGUAUCGCACCGUCCGGGAACGACAAAUGAAGGAGUUGGAGGUGGAAGACGAUCUGCUCAGCAAGAUUCCUAUACGAAAUCUCCGUGCCAAACUUUAUAAGGAGUCGUAUGAGUUUGUGCGACAGCAACGAAUACAAUGUUUAAUGCAAGGCGCCUGGUUUAUCAACGCAUUACCCGCAAACUCGACCAGUGCCAAUCCACGGCGGCCUACUCGACCCUGGCGAUUCCUUCGACUGGACCCUGGAAUGAAAUAUCUUCAUUAUGUGGACAGCUCAAUCAAGUUUGCCAUUCGCAGUGGACUGGAGGACCUGCCAGAACGCAUUGAAGUUGCAUCAAUCAGUGAGAUUGCGACCGGGUCAUGUGCUGCUCCACCUCACGUGCUUCGUGAGAGUGAUCUGCCACCGACAUUCCCUCCAGUUGCAUCACCGCUUUCCUUCUCACUGCUGAGCGCACAUGAGGGCUCGAUAGCAGAUCAAAUAGCGCCGGACCAAUCUCGAUGGGCGGACUGGACAGACGGACUGAACAUGCUUAGGCGAGACGGUGGUCACGUAUCGUCCAAGGAGACGGCUGGUUUUGUGCAGGCACUCACAGAGAUUGGGUUGAAAAUUAAACUGCUCGAUUUGUCCGGUGAGAUGGUGGAAAUACCCAGUGGGUUGGUUGCUGGACCACCCCCUUCCAAUACGGAUUUCUUUUUCUCUGAUUUGGUGUAA